AUGACCCGUCCAAAGAUCCUGCUGCUAGGCGAAAUAGAGCACGCCCACGACGCCUGGAAAGCCGUCACCGAUGCCGCCGAUGUUGUCGAGCCCAAGGCAACCAACAGAGAUGAAUUCCUCGCCGAGUGCAAGAGCGGCGCAUUCGACGGCGUGUCCGCCAUCUACCGCACCGGCGAAUCGGCCGCCAUCACUGGCAAUGUCGACGUCGGCUUCCUAGACGCCCUCCCCAAGAGCAUCAAGUUCAUCUGCCACAGAGCCGCCGGCUACGACCAAAUCGACGUCGACGCCUGCACCGCCCGCGAGAUCUGCGUCUCCAACGUCCCCACGGCCGUCAACGACGCCACCGCCGACACCAACAUGUUCCUCAUCCUCGGCGCCCUGCGCAACUUCCCCGCCGGCAUGGCCGCCCUGCGGCGCGGCGAGUGGCGCGGCAGCGACCUGGCGCUCGGGCACGACCCGCGCGGCAAGAUCCUGGGCAUCCUGGGCAUGGGCGGCAUAGGCAGGAACCUGGCCGAUAAAGCGCGGGCGUUUGGGAUGCAGAUACGGUACCACAACCGGCGGAAGCUGGAUCCGGAGCACGAGGAGGGGGCGGAGUAUGUUGACUUUGAGACGUUGCUCAAGGAGAGCGAUGUACUGAGUCUGAACCUGCCUUUGAAUCCCUCCACCCGCCACACCAUCUCCAAGGACCAAUUCGCCAUCAUGAAGCCCGGCAUCGUCGUCGUCAACACGGCCCGCGGCGCCGUCAUGGACGAGGCCGCGCUGGUCGAGGCCCUCGACUCCGGCCGCGUCGCCAGCGCCGGGCUCGACGUCUUCGAGGACGAGCCGAAAGUCCACGAGGGCCUGCUCAGGAACGACCGCGUGCUCCUCGUGCCGCACCUGGGCACGUACACGAUCGAGACGACGAUCAAGAUGGAGGCGUUUUGCAUCAACAAUGUGAAGAAGGCCGCGCUGGAGGGGGCGCUGAUCACGAUUGUGCCUGAGCAGCGGGAUUUGGAGGCUAGGCUGCUUGAGGGGAGGGAUGUUUAG